UUCCUCAGCAGCCAGUGGGCGUCUCCGCGGCGAGAGGCAUGGACACCGCCCCCAGCCCGUGCUCGCUGGUGCCGGGUCCCCAGUUCCCCAGUCCCGAGUUCCCAGAGAGGUGAGUCCACUGCAGGUGGGUGCGGGACGCCGGGCAGCUCGAGGUAGUGUUGUCGCAGGCGCCAGCCCGAGCUCGCACCGGCCGUGGAGUUCAACUGCGCAGUGGGUUGCGGCAGCUUCGCCAGGCCCGGGGCUGGCUGGGCCGCGGGGCCGCCCUGGAGGCCGGAGCCGCCGGGCCUGCGGCGCCUCGGCAGCCAGCAGCCACCUCGCUCUGGUGCGGGAGGCUCUCCGCCGCCUCACACCCCCGGCUGACGCUGUGGCCUUGCUCGGUUGUACCGUUUAGCUCCCAACGACUUGCGUCAGGUCGGUUUCCGCCGGGAUGCGGGAGACUUGGGGCAAGCUACCUGUGACGGCUUGAACUUUUCUAGGGAUUCCGCUCCACCCGCCGGUUAGAGCGUAUUUCUCAUUUCCCCCGAGCGAGACCUGUGUGCUUGCUACUGAAUCAAAGAAUUAUUUUUUCCCCAGAGUCCUUUUAGGACGUUAUGACUUUUCCCCUUUGCAAAACUGCAAAAAACCGACAGGAAGACAAAACUCGUUCCCACUCCCAGAGGUCGCGUUGUCUUGAGUUUGGGCUAAAGACUCGCGAGUGAGGAGGUUUUGUCUCUGCAUCCCGUUCUCCCUAACAUCCUGAGAAAACCUUCGUUUCUAGCGUCUUUCUGGCAUUCGGAGAGACUCCUCGAGGGUCAUGAUCACAAAGGCUUAAUUAACCCUUACAAGGAGAGAGUUGUCUCCCGAUCCCCAAAAUGGCAGCUAAAAUGGAGAUAACUUUGAGCUCGAACACUGAAGACUCCUCUAAGCAAGAGAGACAUAUAAUAACAAAACUAGAAGAGAAACGGGAGCCUACUUCGCAAAAGAACUGCCCGGAUCCUGAGCUCUGCCGCCAGAGCUUCAGACGCUUUUGUUAUCAAGAGGUGUCUGGACCCCAAGAGGCGCUCUCCCAGCUCAGACAGCUCUGCCGUCAGUGGCUGCAACCUGAGCUGCACACCAAAGAGCAGAUUGUGGAGCUUCUGGUGAUGGAGCAGUUCCUGACCAUUCUGCCCCCGGAGAUCCAGGCUCGCGUCAGGCAUCAGUGUCCAAUGAGCAGCAAGGAAAUUGUGACUCUGGUGGAAGAUUUUCACAGAGCAACCAAGAAACCAAAGCAGUGGGUGGCUGUUUGUAUGCAGGGGCAGAAGGUGCUCUUGGAGAAAACUGGAUCACAGCUUGGAGAACAGGAACUGCCAGACUUUCAACCACAGACUCCUAGGAGAGGUCUCAGGGAGACCUCUCCAGCAGAGUCUUCCCAGGCGGAAGCUUAUGACCAGCUGAGCCCCCAUCACUGGGAGAAAUCCUCGCUCCUCCAGGAACCAACCCCAAAAUUGGCUGGGACAGUUCUAGAGGCUAGGAAGCCCAAGAUAAAGGUCGUCAGUCUGGUGAAGGCCAUUUCAACGAUGGCACUUUCUUGCUGGGUCCUCACAGGCUCAGUCUUGACUUUCUGGGCUCCAGCAAUCCUCCUGCUUCAGCCUCCCAAGUAGCUAGGACUACAAGCAACAAGUGACAGCCACUACACCGGGCUAAAUAAAUUAUUUUGUAAAGAUGGGGUGUUACAACGUUUCCCAGGCUGGUCUUGAAUUCCUGGUUUCAAGCAAUCCUUCCAUCUUGGCCUCCCAAAGCACCAGGAUUACAAACGUAAGCCACCACACCAGGCCUGCAGUCUUUUAUGAGAACACUAAACCCAAUCAUGAGGGCUCUGCCAAAGGCCCCGCCUCCCAAUAACAUCAAUUUAAGUGUUAGAAUUCCAACACAUGAAUUUUUAGGGUACACAAAUAUUCAAGCUGUAGUAAGAGGAAAGAAGGGGUGUUUGUUGAUAGUAUGAGCUAUUGUAUGGAUGUGGCCCCACAUACUGUAGGCAAACAGGUCAGGGGCUAAAAGCAUGAGUUAAGGGCAUGUGUUUUGAUGCCUGAGAGACAUCCAAAGGACGAUCUUCUGUAGGCACUUGAAUAUAGGAAUCUGGAGCACAUAGAAGAGAAAUUGAAGCUAGACCUAAAGUGAGGUCUUUGUAGCCAUGAGUGGCUAAGUGCACCCAAGGAGAUACCAUUUACCGAAAGUAAGCCAAGGGUACAUUCCAGCUAACCAGAAGCAGGUUAGAAUUUGGCUGCAGACCAUGCCAAAAGCCUGAGACUGGUAUUGAUUGUAAAGAAAAGAUACUCUACCCAGCACAAGUGAGAAGUACAAAGUAUCCACUUCAACAAGCCAGAGACACAUACGCUAGACAGGUCCACAGCUCCAUAUUGCUUAAGUGGGAUCAGGGCUGGGAAGGUGGCGCAGAGCUUCUUCUCCCGUCCUAACGCCUAGAAUCACAGAUGGGAGAUUCGUGUUGGUGUCUGACAGUCACACCUGUGUUACUCUCCUAAUGAUGCGGAGACAGGGACCUGAGGAGUUCCUCGGCAAACGCUGUUACCCAUACCACUAGAUUUAUAUGGAGAUCACCUAGCGAUAUGCAAUGGACAUGGCCAGGCACACCGCCAAACCCCACCGCUGGAUCUCCACCAUUCACCACAUCCCACUUGCUCCAGGAAUGCGCAGGCGCUGCCGGAAACAUGCACCGGAAGUGGAUUGUGACUUCCGGUUCCGCAUCCGUGGCCCGCUGUAGCGCAUGUCAUCUCAUUGGCACUUCCGCUGACCCAUGCGGUUGGUGGCUAAACUGGAGACCUGGUAUCUCCUUGAGGCCACGCAAGGCCUUCUGGGAGUCCUGCUCACCACAUCCGCUUCUCGGACUCCCAGCUUUAAGUGGCAACCCGCACCAGGCAGUAGCUGCCCUGUGAAGACAUAGGUCCUUGCUCCUGUACUCCUGUGUACAGUGAAGACGAAAGGAAAUUUAAGUCCAGCACUAGCUUCCCGAAAUGACGCCGGAAUUUUCUGCUUAAUUCCACCGAGGGAGCGAUUUUGCUUUCUUUAUUAAACAGCACGAAGUCACUCACUCUCUCUAAACCACAAUCCUAACAGUCUUCAAAAUUCACCUUACUGCCAUCUAAAACCACUUAAAAAAUUCAUUGCCAUCAUCAUAAAAUAGCAUUUAUUAGAUGCCAAAUUGCACAUUAGAUAGACAUGAUCAAUAACUUGAGAGCUUACAAUAUAGAGCUAAGACUGAUGAGCAUACGUCAAAAACAGUAAAACCAAAACAUUAAACAAACGGUAUAAACGUAUACAAUAAACAAACUUCUGAGGUAUCCAAAGGAACUAGAGAUUACAGCAUAUUCUCAUGUUUACAUAGAUGAAUAUUUAUAUUGUAUUCUCUCCUCCCCCACAGGCUUAAUGCAAAGAGAAAUGUCAAUUUCAAAAUAAAAAACAAAACACCUUUACUACUUAGAUGGGCCUUGGAAAGAUGGGUAAUGGUCAUCUUUGAAUCACAUCAAUAGCCCUCCUAAACAACAAAACAAAAACAUGAAUAUAUACACUUCUAAUGAAGAUAAUUUGUUAAACAGAUGGUCAAAGCAAAAACACUUUCCUACUGAAAUCCCACAGGGAUAACAAGUUUUAUGAACACUCAAAAUAGACUAUUCACAUAAACUGUAACCUGCUGUCUCCUGUUGUACACAAAGGCAAUAAAUUGCAGAUUACUUUGAUCAAACUCUGCAGUUUCAGAUUGUAUGACGUCUUAUGCUGCAGUCACUUGAACACUGCCACUUAAUUAUAUGGAAACUCAGGAGGCAAAGAUUCAAAAGGGCAUUUACUGAGCUUUAGCUCCCUGAAUUAUUGGGUUAGUCAUUUUCUGUUAAAUGAGGAGAAGUCAAUAGACUGCCACCUGUAGCAACAAAGCUCUAAAUAACACUAUUUUGAGUCCACCUCAUUCAAAAACAACUACAUUCCAAAAUUUCUUAAUUUACAAAAUGUAAACUGCUGACAUCUGAAUUCCAUUGGAAAAAUGCUGUAAUAACUGUUUAACAGAAUGUAAUACUCCAGCAAUCAUAUUAAGGAACUGUUAGAUACACAUUUUCAUCACUGCAUCAACAACAAAAGCCAAGAAAUUUGUCUGAAUCAAUUUCUUCAGCACAAAGUUUUCACUCUCAUAGUGUGUUGAAUUCCAUGCUGCAAAAUGCAGUUAACCCAUCAUUAUAGCAAUAAACUCUUGCAUUUAAUUUUUCAUUCCUAGAUUAACUUUUAUCUAGUAUUUGUGAAUAGCACCUAACAUGGUAGGCUAAUAUUUCUGAGUUAAUGACAAUUUUAUGGAAUUUAUCUCCAUCAGUUGACACUAUAAACAGAAGGCAGAAAAUGCCGUCACCAUAAAAAGCCUGAAUCUCACCAGCAGAUAACAUCUUUUCCUUCAAUUCCCUGGGGACAAACCAGCUUGAAUUACAUCCAGCAAAUGUAUUUAAGUGCAAGUGCACAAUAAGCAAACAACUGAAAAUACACCUAUUUCACAGUAACUGACACCUAAGGGAUUUUUUUUUCAUUUUUUUCUGUAUGCCAAUCAUUAAUAGUAUUAGACCAAAAGCCAUUUUAGUUAUAUCCACAUGUGUGUUAAUGUUUCUGAGAAGUGGUGUUUUCUUCUAAUUUUUAGGGAAGUUUGUCAUAAUCUUCCAAAAUGUGGAGAAUAAAUAAAACUCCAAAAAAUGAGAGGUUAAUUGUGAAGAAAGACUCAUAUGGAAAGGCAAACUUCCAUAAUAAGGUGAAGAACAGGACAAAUUCUCACUUUCUGCUAUAUUUUCUAGGAGCAAAAAAAAAAAAAAAUGA